UGUUUAGCUUCAUCUGUUUUUGAUUUGGUUUGGUUUUUUUUUGAAAAAAAAAUAUUUUGUUAAUUACAAAAUGUCUUCCACUAAUCAAUUGUUGAAAAAAUUUCAAAUGAAUGGUCUUAAUGUUCGACAAGAUGCAUUGAAUAUUUUUGAAUCAGAAUUCAAACAUGGACAACCAUCUUAUCGAUCGAUCGAUGAUUUUAUUACUGUCCUAAUUGAUAAAAUGUUAACCGAAAUGAAUUGUGAUGAUUAUAUUAUUGAUUCAGAAAUGGCACAAAAAGCUAUAGAUAUUUUACGUGAUUCUCGCCAAACACAACAACCGAAUGAACAAGAUCCUAAUCAAAUUAUCGUCAGAAAUGCAGUCGAUUUAGAACAACAAAUUUUAGGAUCAAAUUUUGAAUUUCAUUAUCAACAAUUAGUGAAGCAAUUGAAAAAACUCCCUGCAUUCGAAUCCGGACAAUUUCGUUUGAUGAAUAUUGAUGAUUUAAAUACAUAUGAAUCGAAUAUUGAAAUCAAAUGUAUUGUAUUUGCAAUGAUACGUUAUGAUCCGACCCGGAUAAUGCAAUUUUUAUUAGAAGAUCCGACCGGUAAAAUACCGAUUCAUUUAAGUUCUCAAAUUGUAUGGCGUGAAUGGGCAACAUUUCAACAUGGAAUCUAUCUAAUCGAAGGUAUUUAUGAAGGUCAAAGAGAUUCAUUUCAGAUUACAUCCAUUGGUCUACCGCCAAUGCCAAUACAAUUAAAUUCUAUUGAAAAUGUGCCGAAUACCAUCGAUGAUGAUGAUGAUCAUAAUGAUAAUGAUAAUGACGAUGAUCGAAUGUUAAUUUUUUUGACUGAUGUUCAUCUUGAUCAACCAACAACAAUGGAAGCAUUGAAAUUUUUAUUCACUGGAUAUAAUUCUUUGCAACAGGUUCCUGAAAUUUUCAUAUUGAUAGGAGAUUUUUCCUCUACUCCGAUUGAUAACUUUGAUUUCAAAGACAACAUGAAAAAUUUGGUCAAACUUAUAUCAACAUUUAAAAAAUUAUCACAAAAUUCAAAAUUUAUUUUUGUACCCGGUCCAAAUGAUCCUAGUUCAACAUCAGUCGAUUCAUUUGUUAAAUAUCAAUUUACUUCGGAUCAUUUUCCAACAACCACUACCAGAUUGAAAAAUUAUGAUCUUCCUUCGAAUCCAUUUUAUCUACGAUUCGAUAAUCGAAACUUGUGCAUAUUUUCGAAUCGAAUUUUAAAAAAAUUUGCCAAAAAUAUUAUAAAUAGUCAUGAACAGGUUAAUACGACAAAAUUAACGAAAAAUGAUUCAACAAUUAUGAAAGAUUUUUUAAAAUCAAUCGGUCGUUUGAUAAUGACUAAUGCUCAUCUAACAGCUGGUCUUUGUCGAAAUUAUACAAAUUCAUUGUCAUUAUUUUCACAGAUGACUGAUUUGUUUUUUCUGGCCGACACUGAAUCACCAUUUGUUGAAUGUCAACCAUUCAAAUUGAACAAACCAUCACCACUUUUUACAACAUCGUUAUCAUUUUCUAAAAAUAAUUUUCAAUUUAUUGUCUAUUAUCCUAAAGUCAAUCGACUUGAAGAAUCACAAAUAAGCAUUUAAAUAAAAAAAAUUCAUUUUAUUUUAUAAAAAAAAAAAUUAUUUUUUAUUCGCUUGACGAUCACAAUAUUUUUCAAUCGAUCGUCGUAUUGUUUCCACAGUAAAAUCUAUAUCAUCAU